AUGAAUGCAGGUACAGAGGGCAAAAUGGGAAAAAGACAGGGCAAGAGAGUGACACAAAGAAGGGUUUUAUCUGAACAGAUAGAGAGAACUACAAGGGAUGGGAAAACAAAUCAGAUGAACCAAACCACUGUUUCAGACUUCCUCCUUCUAGGAUUCUCUGAGAACCUAGAAGAACAACCUUUCCUAUUUGUCACCUUCCUGGGCAUAUACCUGGUCACUAUCAUGGGGAACUUGCUCAUCAUCCUGGCCAUCAUCUCUGACCCACACCUCCAUACACCCAUGUACUUCUUUCUGGCCAACCUAUCAUUAACAGAUGUCUGCUUCACUUCUGCCUCAGUCCCAAAGAUGCUGGCCAACAUUCAUACUCACAGUCAGACCAUCUCCUAUUCUGGAUGCUUUGCACAGCUAUACUUUCUCCUGAUGUUUGGUGGCUUUGACAACUUACUUCUGGCUGUGAUGGCAUAUGACCGCUAUGUGGCCAUCUGCCAGCCACUUCGUUACAACACAGCUAUGAGUCCCAAAUUCUGUGCACUAAUGUUGGGCACAUGCUGGGCACUGACCAACUGUCCUGCACUGGUGCACACACUGUUGCUGACUCGUGUGACCUUCUGUGCCCGCAAGGACAUUGCCCACUUCUAUUGUGAUCCCAAUGCUCUGCUGAAGCUUGCCUGCUCAGAGACCCGCAUUAAUGAGCUGAUGAUCAUCACUCUGGGCCUGAUGUUCCUCACUGCUCCCCUCACACUGAUCAUCCUCUCCUAUGUCCGCAUUUCCUGGGCUGUGUUUGGCAUCUCAUCUCCUGGAGGGCGGUGGAAGGCUUUUUCCACCUGUGGUUCUCACCUCACCGUGGUACUGCUCUUCUAUGGAUCUCUUAUGGGUGUGUAUUUACUUCCUCCAUCAACUCACUCUGCAGAGAGGGAAAGCAGGGCUGCCAUUCUGUAUAUGGUGAUUAUUCCCAUGUUAAACCCAUUCAUCUACAGCUUAAGGAACAAAGGCAUGAAGGAGGCUUUGCGUAAACUCUUUGGCAUUUGGAAAGCAUUCUUUUUACAGUGA